AUGCGAGAGAGCCUUCGACGGCUGGCCUCGGACGACGGAAUGGUCUCCCGGUCCAGCAACGGCAGGGUCAGGGUUGAACUACUCACGGGAGACUACACCACUGUUAAUGUUGAGAGGAAGGCAACCGGAUGUGAUCUUCUCGACAGAAUCUGUGACGAUUUAGAUGUUCUGGAGAAGGACUACUUCGGUCUACUGCACGUUCAGCGCGGGGAUCCGCGGGUUUGGAUCGACUUGAAGCGGAGACUUUCCAAGACUUUUAGAAAUGAGCCAUGGGAGGUGAAACUCGCGCUUAAGUUCUACCCCCCGGAACCUUCACUGCUGAGAGAUGAGUCGUCCAGGUACCAGCUCAGUCUCGCCAUCAGGAGAGAUCUUAUUGAAGGUCGCCUAACUUGCUCGACUAUCACAUAUGCACUACUUGCCUCAUACGUGCUCCAAGCAGAGCUAGGAGACAGGGAAAGUCGGGUGAACGUGGCCGUACUUACUGAACACCGGGCCGUGCCUCUGCAGGUGAUCACGCCAGAUCUAGAAGACAAAAUCGACGAGCUUUAUAGAAAACACAGAGGCCAGUCCCCCGCAGAAGCAGAACUUAACUACUUGGAAAACGCCAAAAAGCUGGUUCUUUUCGGAGCCGAACUACACCACGCUAGAGACAGCGCCGAUGUGGACAUAGUUCUAGCUGUCUGUGCUGCUGGAGUCGCCGUACUCAGAGAUGGUCUGGUGAUGAACCGUUUCCCCUGGGCGAUGAUCCUCAAGAUCAGCUACAGCAAGCGAACCUUCACACUGAGACUUCGGGCCAGUGAGUUUGAUGAGUUCGAGUCUCACGUGAGCUUCAACCUUGCUUCCACUCGAGCUAGCAAGCAGCUGUGGCGGUGUAGUGUUGAGCAUCAUAUGUUUUUCAGACGAGAGAGCCCAGUGAAAGUGGAACGCAUAACCGGCUUUCCCAGAUUCGGUUCCCGGAGGGUGUCGUGUCGACGGACGCUCAGACAACUUCGCUCUGAACCUUUUGCAAGAGAACUAACAGCUUGACGAUACGCCAUAUUUAUUCUAGAUUUAGACAAUUUUCGGAAAUUGUAUAUUGAAUGAGUAAAAUCACUGCGUUUUUGCGCGCAAAUUAAGCAAAACAAUUUCGUGACAGUGCGCAAAUGAAUUUAUACAAUUCGAUAUAUUAUUAUUCAAUAUUUUUUUUAAUAAAAGAAAAACGUUUUAUAGUAAAAGUUUUAACUAUUCUAAUAUAAUUAAAGUUACAACUUUGUCGGGUCGUAGGUGCAAAAAGUGCACAAGUAAGCAAGAAGUUUACACGCUUAAAUUUUAUUUUUGCGUAUCAAUAUGUAGAGAAUACAGAAACGUGCGUUGUUAACGUUGUUUUAAGAAUUAAUUAGCGUUACAAAUACAUAUAUGAGAUAUAGGUAAAAGAAAAAAAAGGAAAUUUAUUCUUGUUUCAUAUACAUCACAAAGCAGAGAAGUAUUGAAUCAGUUUUUUAAAACAUAAAAUAUAUCU